UUAUACCUAGACACAGCGUCGAAAUAAAUGUCAAAAAAAAUGCAAAUGCAACAAAUUUGUAUGUCAACAAAGAGAAAAAGAAAAGAGAAUAAAGGCAACAGGCAAAGGAUUAACUUUCUAUUCAAUAAUUCAAUGCCUUUCUUAGAAGGUAGAAAUUUGAUAGUCUUUCUUUAUUAUUUCCACAAUAUAAUGUGGUUAUUUCCACUCUGAAAUCCAGCUUACAUUUUUGUAGAGUAAAAGAUUGUUGAUAUGUAGAUAUAAAAAUUACCUUUAACUUCAUGAGGGUUGAACAUUAUCUGAAGGAAGGAAUAAUUUAGUAAAACAAUCAUUUCCAAUUUUGAUAUCUAUGUAUUGAAUUUAAUGGGUUGUGGCAUUGUAUUAUGGUUUAUUACACCACAAAAAUAAUGAAAUAUAACAAGACACAAGAAAUAGUUUCAGAAUAAGUUUGAUGUAUUGUUUAUGUUUUAUUAUAUUCAAUAAGAGACUAAUUUAACUCAUAAAUUAAACUGAAAAAUAAACCACAAGAAUAUGUAGGUACUUAUAAGUUCAUUUAGAUAGAAGAAAUUAAGUAAAAACAGACUACAAUUUAUUGUAAUACAUACUACCGUAAUAGAUAAUUAUCGAAUAUCGAAUGAAAAUAAUACUUGAAAGGUACCUACUUAUUUAUAAACAUACGAAAUGGAAAACAUUGACAAAAACAACAAAAAAGCUUUAAUAUAAAAAAUAUUAAAAUUUGUUUGAAGAAUAUUUAAAUGACACAACACUUUACAUAAUUUCAAAACUUUAAAAACCAGAAUCUACAUCUACAAGUUGUUUAACAAAACAAUAUUUUAGGUUAAGAAUUGGAAGGAGUAAGAACAGAAUGUCAAGAAAUUCUUCCCAAAUAUUUUGUGCGCCUGUGCGAACUUAAAAUCCGAAACAAAAUCCUCGAACGUCGAGAGCGUACCCCGGGCAUAUUCAGGAUCUUUUUUCUGUACUGCGCGAACACCGAAUUAAAAAUCCGGAGGGUGUUCAGAGGGAAAGAUUUGGACUCCGCGAACGCCCAAUUUUGUAAUGCGCAGGCGUUCUCCCUCUGGACGUACUGCGCGAUCAAAGCUAAUCGAUGAAAAGCCAGCCCUAUGUGCAAUUUACGAGACGCGCUCGGUCUGUCGAUCAAAGCUAUAUUCUUUGCUAUUACCAAUUGACGUUGAAUCCUUGACUGACGUUUUGGAACAAACAACAACAAAGCAACAAACUUAUCAAAAAUCAAUUUCACUUAUUUAUUUCACAAUUUCACUUUUCGGUUGUAAAAUUGUCGAAAUACAAUACAUAACAAAUUUAAUCAAAUGGAAAUAAAACAAGAAUAUAGUGAAACGUGCAAAGUAGAAAUAGAGUGUAACGACUUGAAUGAUCCUCUUCUGGAUGGCUUUAAAUGUAAAAUUAAGGAGGAAUCUAAUCCAGAAAGUACAAAUCAUACGUUUGAUUGUUUAGCCUUAAAAGAAUUUCCAAUAGAGACUGUUUUGUAUAAAGUAGAAAGAGAGUGUAACGACUUGGAUGAUCAUCUUCUGAAUGGCGUUAAGUGUGAAAUUACAGAGGAAUCUUAUCGAGAAAGUGUAUUCUUAAAGGAAUUUCCAAUAGAGACUGAAAUAGAACAAGAUAAAAAUGAACCUACGUGUUUUAAAGCAAAACAAAACACCAAAGAAGGUAUUCCUCAGGAGGACAAAGUGAAAAUUGAGGAAACAUUUUUCGAACAUUCAUCCCAUGAAGAAUACUUUACGAGUCGACACACUGAAGGAAAAACCGUAAAUAAAAAUACAACAGUUCAGACUAGGCAAAAAUCUUACAAUUGUGAAAUUUGUUUUAAGAACUUUUCUAAAACUUCUAGUUUGAAAAGACAUUUGCUGUUACAUUCUGGGGUAAGACCUUACAAGUGUGAAAUUUGUUUCAAGCAGUUUAGUGAAGCACAUCGUUUGAAAACACAUAAUAUGAAGGUGCACACUAGAGAAACGCCGUACAAGUGUGAAACUUGUUUUAAACAGUUUAGUGAGGCCCACACUUUGAAAAGGCAUUUGAAAAAACACACUGGAGAUAAGCCCUACAAGUGUGAAUGUUGUUUGAAGGGGUUUAUUGAAAUAGGGGAUUUGAGAAAACAUUUGAGAACACAUACAGGAGAAAAACCUUACACGUGUGAAAUUUGUUUUAAGCAGUUUGUUACAGCAGGUAAUUUAAAAACACAUUUGGUAGUGCACAGUGAGGAAAAACCUUACAAGUGCGAAAUUUGUUUUAAGGAGUAUUGCCAAGAAAAUUCUUUGAAAGUGCAUCUAAGAGUGCAUACUGGGGAGAAACCUUACAAGUGUGAGAUGUGUCUUCAGCAGUUUAGUUAUACAAGAGGUUUGAAAAAUCAUAUGAGGGUGCACACUGGAGAACAACCCUAUAAAUGUGAAAUAUGUUUUAAGCACUUUACUGAAUCAAGUAGCUUAAGACUUCAUUUAAAAUGGCACAUUGGAGAAAAACAGCACAAAUGUGAAAUUUGUUUUAAAGAGUUUAGCCAAGCCGGUAAUUUGAGGUCACAUUUGAGAGUUCACACUGAAGGAAAACUAACGAAACAAAGGCCCGGCGCAAAUUGAACCUAAGCGAGACACAACCUGCGCCGGCGGGACGGGUGACCCGUGCAAUUAUUUUUCUAGCGCACCGCAUAUUGAACACAAGCCAAUCCGACCGUUGUCUGUCGCCGUAACGAAUAGAGACGGGCAAAAUCAGUGCGGACGUCUAACGGUUACUUUUGAUACCGGUUCUCAGUGGUACUGAGUACAAAUACUGAUUACAAAAUAUUAAUGUAUCUGAUCCUUGUACUGAAUUGAGUAGGCAACUUUAAAUCCGUAUUUCCGUACUUGUAACGUUUUAAAUUCCUAACAUCUCCCUAGUACUCGUAGCGGCAUGACUUUCGUUCCAAAACGUCGAAUUUGAUCAUAAUAGGGCGCAUAAAAAAAUAUCUUAUACUGAAUAUUUUAUUUCUGCACACAAUAUAUAUUUAAAAUAAUAUCAGAAUCCCUUCUGUUAAAUUUUUAAUUUUAUAUCUUCAAUGUAUUUAAAAUAUUAGUCAUCAUCAUCAUUCUCUUUGCCUUAUCCCUAUGCGGGGUCGGCUUCCCUAAUUGCAUUUCUCCACACAAUUCUAUCUUGGGUCAUAUCAAUGUUAAUCCCCUUUACCAACAUGUCCUGCCUUAUCGUCUCCCCCCCUGUCUUCUUUGGUCUUCCUCUCCUACUCCUUCCAGGGAUCUGCACUUCAGCUAUUCUUCGUAUUGGGUGAUGUAAAGUCUCGCCGUUGAACAUGACCAAACCAUCUUAACCUAUGCUCUCUCAUUUUGGCAUCAAUUGGUGCCACACCUAGACUUCCCCUAAUAUACUCAUUUCUAAUUUUAUCCUUCUUUGUCACUCCACUCAUCCAUCUAAGCAUUGUCAUUUCCGCCACAUGCAUUCGUUGUUCCUCUUUCUUUUUCACUGCCCAACAUUCAGUUCCGUACAUCAUAUCCGGUCUUAUGGCUGUUUUAUAGAAUUUUUCCUUCAGCUUCAUUGGAAUUUUUCUGUCACACAACACACUACUCGCUUCUUUCCACUUCAUCCAUCAGCCCUAAUUCUACUGCAUGCAUCUCCAUCUAUUUCUCCAUUACUCAGUAAUACCGAUCCUAGGUACUUAAAACUAUUGCUUUUCACAAUCAUUUCACCAUCCAAAGAUACCAUUUUAUUUGUAGUAGCUCCAUCUUUAAAUGAACAUUCCAAAUACUCUGUUUUUGUCCUACUAAGUUUUAAACCUUUUUCCUCCAGAGCUUGUCUCCACUGUUCCAGUUUUUGUUCUAAGUCUCUUUCACUAUUUCCUACUAACACGACAUCAUCAGCAUACAUUAAGCACCAUGGAAUGUUACCCUGUAGUUUCGCUGUUAUCUGGUCCAAAACUAAUGAGAAUAAAUACGGACUAAGCACAGAGCCUUGGUGCAAUCCUACUUUCACAUGAAAUUUAUCAGUCUGUCCUAACACUAGUUGUUACUCCCUCAUACAUAUCCCUCACAAUCUUUACAUAUUCACCAGGGACUCCUUUCUUAUUGAGUGACCACCACAGAAUCUCUCGAGGAACUCUAUCAUAUGCUUUCUCAAGAUCAAUGAAUACCAUAUGAGCAUUUGUUUCUUUACUCCUGUAUUUUUCCAUCAACUGCCUUAUAAUGAAAAUUGCAUCUGUUGUUGAUCUACCCUGCAUAAAGCCAAAUUGAUUCUCGGAUAUUUCGGUCUCUUCACGUAUCCGUCUAUCAAUUACUCUUUCCCAUAUUUUCAUGGUGUGGCUAAGCAGUUUUAUAACCCUGUAGUUUGUACAUUGUUGUAUAUCUCCAUUGUUUUUGUAAACAGGUACCAGUAUACUGCUUCUCCAUGCGUCUGGCUUUUGUCCAACUUCCAUAAUUCUAUUAAAUAGACCUGCUAGCCACCUUGUUCCUGUCUCUCCCAAUGCUCUCCAUACUUCCCCAGGAAUAUCAUCUGGUCCUACCGCUUUUCCUUUCUUUAUUUUUUGAAGCGCUUGAGCCACUUCCUCGUUGGUUAUUUUGGUGACCAUUGCUGCUACUGUCUCCGUUGACUCUACAGGCUGCAUGUCAAAUUCUUCAUUUAAUAAGCUGUCCAAGUACUUUCUACAUCUCUUUUUGACAUCCCUUUCGUGAACUAGUAUUUUAUUAUUUUCAUCUCGGAUACAUCUAAUCUGAUUAAAAUCUUUUGCUUUCUUUGCUCUCUGUUUGGCUAUUUUAUAUAUCUUCGUUUCGCCUUCGCUGGUAUCAAGUUGAUCGUAUAGGUUUGAAUACGCUUCUGCUUUGGCUUUUGCUACUGCUACUUUCGCUUAAUUUUUCGCCACCAUAUAGUUUUGAAGAUCUGUGUCGGAUCUGGUUUCUUGCCACUUUUUAUAUAAUUUUCUCUUCUCUUUUAUUUUUCCUUGUACUUCUUUUGACCACCACCAAGUCUCUUUAUCCUCAAACUUUUUUCCUGGCGUUUUCCCAAGUAUUUCAAUAGCAGUCUCUUUAAUACUACUGACCAUUUUUCUCCAAAUUGUAUUAGGGCUUCCUUUCAUGUUCCAACAUAUUUUUUCUACUAUUUUUCUCCUGAAUAGACCUUCUUUCUCAUCUUUCAGCAGCCACCACUUGAUUUUUUGUGGUCCUCUCCGAUAUUUUUGUUUAGUUUCGCUUUUUUACUUCGAUGUCCAGAACAAGUAGCUUAUGUUGUUGGCUUACUGUCUCACUAACUAUUACCUUGUAGUCCUUGCAUUCACGUAUGUCUUCUUUCCUUAACAUGAAGUAGUCUAUUUGGGAUUGAUGUUGUCCACUUUUGUAGGUAAUAAGUUGAGUUUCUCUCUUUUUAAAGAAUGUGUUAACAAUCGCCAUAUCCAAUGCUGUUGCUAAUUCAAGCAUGUCAUCUCCAGCUUCAUUUCUAGUUCCAAAGCCUAAUCCCCCAUGUAUUGUUUCAUAUCCUGUCUUGGUUUGGCCCACAUGUGCAUUGAAACCACCUCCUAUUAUAACUUUCUCCUCUGCUGGAAUAUCACUCAGUACGUCUCCUAAUUUAUAUCUUUAUAUCAUAGAAAGCUCUUCUUUCAUUCUCACCCAGACCUGUUUGGGGAGCAUACACACACAACAUUCAAUACCUCUUUAUCAAUUACAAAUUUCACUGACAUCAUUCUAUCACUCGUUCUUACAACUUCUACUACGUUAUCUUUCAUUUCACUAUCAGCAAUUAUACCAACUCUAUUUCUAGUGUUACUACUACCUACAUACCACAAUUUGUAUCCUUCACCUAGUUCUUUCGCCCUUUGUCCUUUCCACCUAGUUUCUUGAAUACAAGCAAUUUGAACUCUUCUUCGUUUGAGCGCAUCCACUAACUCCAGACUCUUACCUGUAAGACUACCAAGAUUCCACGACCCUAUCCUGAUUUUUCUAACCUGCAAUUGUGUUCCCCCUGAAAUAGUCCUCACCCGGAGAUCCGAACGGAGGCUCAUUUUACUUCCGGCACAUUUUACCUCAGGAGAUACCAUCAUUUCAGUAUGUUUUUUAUAUCAUUGGAGAAGGUCUUGUCAUUAGUAUGGCCUGAAAAGAUUUUGUUUGGAUAUUUGAUGCCUGAAUGCCUUUUCUAUCAGCACCAUACCCUGCCCUGUACGUUUAGCCAAUACACCACCAAUGCAACCAAAGUGCAGUAUUACCCCACACCCGCCUGCAUUUUUCUGUAUGGGCCAGGAUCCCUACUAUAAGGACUGCCCUAUAAGCCAAUGUAUUGUUGCCCGUAUCCCGCCACUAGGAGGCACGUACUUUAUUCGGGAUUCGGGUAUUUAAAAUAUUGGUAAUAUCUCCAAUUAUGAUUUUAACUGUGUAAUAAAUUACUACCAACUACCACACCAACAACGCAUUAUUUGCAUGAAUGCAUUUUUCUAUAGUCAAAACUGCUUACAUAUUAUAUUUAUAUCUCGUCUACAUAUUUUGUUUUUAAGCAUAAACAAAAAUGUAGAUACAGUGGAACCCCGAUAAGUCGGCCCCCGAUAACCCGGAACUCCGGCUAACCCGGACUGAUUUUUAUCAGACAAACAUUUCAACAAUAAAAAUGUAUUGCUGUUACAAAAUCUCGUGAACCUAAUUCAUUCAUUUGGUGACGUCAAUAUACGAACGAAACGAUUGAAUCCGACAUUACUGAAAAUAUCAGGGUGCAGAUGGGACCCUGUCGCGCAAUUCGCAGCAAAUAAAAUAGUCGUAUGUUUUUUGCUUCAUUUUAUUUCGGUUAUACAUACGCAUUUUCAAGGUUCACGAGGUUUUGUACCAACUCUAUGUAAUAUUAUAUUUGAGAGAUAAUGGAACCGGAUUGAACUACAUUUACCAUAGUAAAAAUGACUCAUGGCACACCACAUUCAUUGUGGUGUUAUCGAAAACAGGCACCUGUAUUAUCCUUUAUUUAUUUGAAACUUUCUUAGCAUUGUUUAGAAAAGACUAUUAAAAUUCUUUUUUUAACAAUGGUCUUAGUUAUCAUUGUUAUUAAAUAACAUAACAUCAGAGACGGUAUUGUGUGUAGUAAAGUCGUAUUGUUCGCUUCGGUUUUGUAAUCGUUCGUAAAUUUAUUCAGAUUUUGUGUUUGCGUGUCUUUUGUCUAUAAGGGCAACAAAACGUAAAAAUGUUGUAGUGACAAUGGAAAAGAUACUAGAAGCAUUAAGUAGAAUUGAUAAAGGUGAAUCUUGCAGCAUUAAAUUAUGGUGUCGGUACAUCUACAGUAUAGGAUUGGAAGAAAAAUAGAACUAAAAUCGAAGAAUUUUUUUUCAAAAUGAUAACAAAAGACAGUUUGGACAAUCGGUGCAAAGCUAAUAAAGCUAAGAAUGAGACAUUUGACGACGCUUUGUAUGUGUGGUUUUGUGUGGAAUGCGAACGUGGUUUACCAGUGUCUGUGUGACAAUUAUAACGGAGUUUAUCUGUAAGCAUACCAUAUUUUAUUAAUUUUUACCAUUUUCUCCGGCUAACCCGGAUUUUCGAUAACCCGGAUCGGCCGCGGUCCCAAUUAAUCCGAGUUAACGGGGUUCCACUGUACCUAAUAUUAUGAUGACAAAUUUUAUUUGAGGGUAAUGCGAUAUUCAUAGAUAUCCUUAACGGUUUUUAAAUAAUGAAUCAUUUCUCAAUGAUAAUGUUGUGUAAAUUUAAGAAAUGAAUAAUACAAAAUUUUUAUACCUAUAUAAAGGGGAUUACGCCAUCAUUUGUGACAUUGUAUUUCUAGGCCUGGAUCCCGCGUACCAAAAAAAAGUUGAUUAAUAGCAAGCUGAACAUUUGUUACCUAAUAGCUUAACGGUGUCUCGUCAGACAAACUUUGAUGUAUGGGAACACUGGAACACAGAAGUUUUAAUUGUGGAACAGGUUAAAAAUUUGGAACGUCAUACUACGAAAACGUCCCGUGUAUUUUGUCGGACAGAACUUCCAAUUGAUUUGUUACCCUUUCAUUAAACUCUCAUGCGAAAAUCAGACUGGUAUUUAUCACCAACUGUGCAUUUUAAUAAGUCCGACACGUAGAACAUGUCAAAUGACAGGAAUUAUGACAGGUGAUAAAUAGCAGUCUAAUUUUUGCAUGAGAGUUUAAUGAAAGGGUAAGAAAUCAAUUGGAAGUUCUGUCCCAUAAAAUACAUGGGAGGUUUUUGUAGUCUGACGUUUCAAAUCUUGUUCCACAGUUGACCUGUUCCACAAUUAAAACUUCCCCUGUUCCAGUGUUUCUAUACAUUAAAGUUUGUCCGAUCAGAUACCGUUACGCUAUUAACAAAUUUUCAGCUUGCUAUUAAUCAACUUUUUUUUGUUACGCGGGAUCCAGGCCUAUUCGUUUUAAGUAACCUUUUUUCUAAUAAUGUGUUCUUGUAAAGGCAUAUCUGGUAUCGCCGUUUAUUUUGUCUACGAGUACCUAAUAAAGUUAGCAGAAUUUUAAUGACAAAGCGGUGUUGGGUUUUGAUUAUAUGUACUAUUUUUAUUUAUCACAGUAAAUUGUAUUUACCAUUCGUAUUCAGUUCGUUUCCUAUUUUCUCCCAUACCUCGUCUUUUAAUUUCGUCCUCAUAUAAUGGUCGUGGCUGGUAUCAUAUACGAUGGGAUAAUUUCGAAUGAUUUCUAUCAGCUUUUCAACGUCCAUCUCGCAAACAAAAACACAACUGAGAAUUGAGUCACGCGUCCCACGACACAAGAAAACUGUACGCCAAUGACAAACCUUCCCAAGCUAGACCUGCAAACGCAUGAACUGAUAGUAGGAUGCGCAGAACAGUCUACGCAGUCCUCCGGUGCAGGUUGUGUCUCGCUUAGGUUCAAUUUGCGCCGGGCCUAAUCCACGCUUACUGUUCCUCUAUCCGCUGGGAGGGUUGACAUGGUGAUAUUUCUAGUGUUGAUAUGACCAUUGGAGAUGGUCUUACGAAGGUGCAUUAUAAGUUUAUUUUUAAAAAAUUCCUUAUCACGGUUCUUGUGUCGUUAUUGAUUUUGUACUUAUGUGGAGAAAUAGUAGAGUGAAAUUAUUUCAUUUUCCUACAUCCAAAUAUAGGUUGGAUCAAAAAUUUGGAUUAAAGUUUAAAGAAAACAACGCCUUUUUGGGGAAACUUGAUGUUGGAUGUAUCCUAUAGAAUGGCAAAAGCGAGACCUGCCGCACGCACACAUUUUUAUAUGGUUAGUCGAAAAAAUUCGACCAGACGAAAUCAUAUGUGCCGAGAUUCUGAUCACGAAAAAUGACUAUUUUAUUAUACAUACUAGUUAAUAAAAUAUUUAACCAAUAA